CUACCAAAAGCAGUCGUACUCUCCGGAAACAAUUAUCAAGUCUAUCGCGUUUCAUAUCAUUCACUUAGUUUAAUCAAAGAUGUCUUUAAUUCCAUCUCUAUUCGGCAACAGGAGCGUAUUCGACCCAUUUUCAGCUGGCAAUUGGGCGCCAUUGAGCUCCAACAAUGAGCUAUCACAAUUUACAAAUGCCCAAGUCGAUUGGAAGGAAACCCCUGAAGCUCAUGUAUUCAAGGCUGAUCUUCCCGGGCUCAAGAAAGAAGAAGUAAAAGUUGAAGUCGAAGAAGGAAAAGUUCUUCAGAUAAGUGGAGAGAGGAGUGUGGAGAAGGAGGACAAAAAUGAAAAGUGGCAUCGUGUUGAGAGGGGGCGUGGAAAGUUCCUGAGGAGAUUCAGGUUACCAGAAAAUGCCAAGGUUGAUCAAGUGAAGGCAUCAAUGGAGAACGGUGUUCUCACUGUUACGGUCCCAAAGAUGGAGGAGAAGAAGCCAGAGGUCAAAUCAAUUCAGAUCAGUGGGUAAGCGGCCUAC